UGGGAAACCAUUAAACUCUAAAGUAACUGGACUGAGGCAAAUCACAAAGUUGGAAUAUCAGUUUGGGACCCUAGUGGAUGGCAAGUGAGGCUUCCUUACUAUAAGGUUGCUGGAAAUCCUUUGGGGAUCUUUCUCGGAACCUCUGAAGUUGUCCCAAAAUGGCGACCAUUGAGGAAUAUGAGGAAUUUGAGGAGGAAGAAAUUGUGGAGGAGUAUGUUGAGGAGUUUACAACGACGACUGUCACUGGGCAGACCUCCCAGGUCACACAGUCCGGCCUGCCCACCAGGAAGGUCAGGAAGAAGGUCAAGGUGGAUACCUCCAAGUUCAUGACUCCAUACCUGGCCCACAGCCAGAAGAUGCUGGACCAGUUCAGCCACAAUAAGUACCGUGAGGCUUAUGACAAGUCCAAAGGGAACCCCCCUGCCAUCAUCACUGAUAGCCCUGAGAUGCUCCGCAUCAGGAAGGCCCAGGAGCAGCUCAGUGAGGUGAAAUACCGUAUGGCGGGCAAUAAGGCCAAGACCAGCAGCAUGUACGAUGGUGAGGCCAAAGAGAUUGCCCAUGUCAAACAUGUCUCCGAGUUGGUCAGCAAGGUCCUGUACAGACAAAAGUGGGAUGAAACUAAGGACAGGUACCUGCUGCCCCCGGAUGCUCCUGAGCUGGUCCUGGCCGUGAAGAAUGCUGCUAACUUCAGCAAAAAACAAUACACGGAGGCCUGGGAUGAAGAGAAGACCAUGUACUACCCCUACAGUGACAGCCCUGAGCUGCGUAGGGUGGCCAAGGCUCAGGAGGUCCUCAGUGAUAUUCACUACAAGAAGGGUCAUGACGAGCGUAAGGCCAAAUACACCGCCCUGGCUGACCCUCCUGAUGUGGAGCUGGCCAAGAGAGUGUUCACUCAGCGCAGCGAUCUUAAGUACAAGGAAGACUACAAUAAAAAUGUGAAGGGUCAAUGGUGUGAGACCCCCUACUUUGAUGUGGCCACUGCCAGAGUGGCUAUGGACAACCUCAGCAAUAGAAAAUACACGCAAGAGUUUGAGGAUAUAAAAGACCAAAUUUAUUUCAUGCAAACAGAAACGCCUGUUUACGAAACAAACAAGAAGGCUACUAAUGCCGCUAGCUCGGUCCAAUACAAGAAGGAAUAUGAGAAGACGAAGGCGCAGUCUGACUAUAACACUCUCCCCGCCACGGAGAAUCCUCUGCUCAGACAGCUCAGAUAUGCUGGCACCAUUCUCAGUGAUAAAGUCUACAAGGCCAAUUAUGAGAAAUCCAGAGGGUUCAGCAUCAACUACUGUGACACGCCCAAGUUUCAAAUGGACUCAGUUCUUAAACAAUUCAGUGACGUACAUUACAAAGAUAAGUAUGAUAAUGAGGUGAAGGGCCACUAUAUUGGCAGCUAUGAAGAUAUCUACAUGCUUCAUUGCCAGAAAAUUGAGGAAAUGAAGAAUGAACAAAUGUACAAAGCUGAUUAUGAAGAUCUGAAAACAAGAUGCUUCUUCCCUCAAACGAUUACACCUGAAUAUGAGGCCACUAAGGGCCUUGAGAAGUGUAAAGAUAAAGCUUACCGGCAACAUCCAAGCACUGUGAAAUUUACUCAAGUCUCGGAUUCGCCAGUUAUGGUUCAAGCCGCCGUCAACGCCCAACAGCUAAGUGAUCUGAACUACAAGGCAAAGUAUGAGGAGACAAAGUUCAAGUGUUACCUGCCCCCAGACUACCCCUUCUUCGUCCAGUCCAGAGUUAAUGCUUACAACCUUAGUGAUAGCUGUUACAAGUAUGACUGGGAGAAACGUAAAGCUAAGGAGUUUGAGGUCAAGGGUGAUGCCAUCUCGAUACUUGCUGCCCGUGCUCACACGAACAUUGCCAGUGAUGUUAAAUAUAAGAAGGAGUAUGAGAAGAACAAGGGACAGAUGGUUGGAGCCCUCAGCAUUAAUGACGACCCAAAGAUUUUGCACUCCGUUCACGUGGCCAAAAUCCAGAGUGAUCGCGAGUACAAAAAGGACUAUGAAAAAUUGAAGACCAAGUACCAUACCACACUGGACAUGAUGUCGGUCACCCUGGCCAAGAAGUCCCAGGCGAUUGCUAGCAUGGCCGGGUACAGGAGCAUCAGAAACCAGUACCUCCUUCCCUACGACAGCGUACUGCUGGACCUCGCCAAGAAAGCCAAUGUCAUCCAGAGUGAUAAUGAGUACAAGGCCGACUACAACGCUAACACCAAGGGUACCCCAUGGGUGCCUUUCGGCUCCAUGGACGUUGAAAAAGCCAAGAAAGCUGGCGAGAUCCUCAGUGAUAAAAAGUACAGGCAGCACCCAGACACCAUCCCCUUCACAGCUAUCGAUGACCACCCCAUCAUGCUGCAGGCCAAGGUCAACCAGCUUCAGAGGAGUGAUCGGUUCUAUAAGAGAGGACUGGAGGAGGUUCAUCAGAAAUACUCUUUGCCUCCUGAUGUCCCUGAGUUCCUCCAGGCCAAGUGCAAUGCCUACAACAUUAGCAAGAACUACUACAAGCUUGCCUGGGAGGAGGACAUUGCUAAAGGAUAUGACAUGAAACCUGAUGCCAUCCCCAUUGUCGCUGCAAAGGCUGCCAGACAUGCUGCCAGUGACGUUCAAUACAAAAAGGCGUAUGAGAAGGCAAAGGGCCACCAUGUUGGCUUCCGCAGCCUCCAGGACGAUCCCUUGCUGGUUCACUACAUGGACGUGGCCAAGAUGCAGAGUGACAAGAACUACAAGAAGGAUUACCACAAGGUCAAGCUGAAGUAUCACUCCCCAGUGGACAUGAUGAGCCUGGCUCACGCCAAGCAUGCCUCAGCUGUGCAGACUUAUGCUGGAUACAAGCAGCACCACCAUCGUUACAGCCUCCUUCCUGAUGCCAUGAGUCUAGAACUUGCUCGCAGCAUGAACCUCAGCUCCAGUGAUUACAACUAUAAACUGGAUUAUGAGAGCUCAGUCAAAGGAAUUGGCUGGGUCCCCAUUGGGUCCCUGGAGGUGGAGAAAGCCAAGGCGGCAGCAGCAGCUCUGGAUGAGAAAAAGUACAGACAGCACCCUGACACUAUUAAAUUCACCAGUGUCACUGACUCCAUGAACAUGGAGCUGGCCAAGGCCAACGCCAAGAUCCUCAAUGCGAAAGAGUACAAGGCCAGUGGAGAGAAGUUCAUGCACACUUAUCAUCUGCCUGCUGAUGCACCUGAACUGUUGCAGGCCAAAUACAAUGCUGUCAACAUUAGCCAGAAUUACUACACAUAUUCUCACCGUCAAGAUCUGCUUAAAGGACAUCACAUGAAGGAAGAUGCAAUUCCCAUUGUUGCAGCAAAAUCAUCCAGAGAUAUUGCCAGUAAUUACAAGUACAAGCUGGCACAUGAGAAGGCAAAGGGCCGCCAUGUUGGCUUCCGCAGCCUCCAGGACGAUCCUUUGCUGGUUCACUACAUGGAAGUGGCCAAAAUGCAGAGUGACAAGAACUACAAGAAGGAUUACCACAAGGCCAAGCUGAAGUAUCACUCCCCAGUGGACAUGAUGAGCCUGGCUCAUGCCAAGCAGGCAUCUACUGUUCAGACCUUUGCGGGCUACAGAAAUAUUCCUCACAACUACUUCCUUCUCCCUGACAACAUGCAGUUGCAGCUGUGUCGCUCCAUGAUGGACAUUCAGAGUAAUAAUGUGUACAAGGCAGACUACAACAACUAUUACAAAGGUUCAGGAUGGGUCCCUAUUGGUUCCCUGGAGGUUGAGAAGGCCAAAGCUGCCAAAGCAGCCCUAGAUGAUAGGGGCUACAGACAGCACCCCAGUACCCUCAAGUUCACCAGCAAGACUGACUCCAUGAACAUGGCUCUGGCUAUGGCCAACACGAAGCAGCUGGGCAAAGCUGCAUAUAAAGCCUCUGGUGAGAAGUUUAUGCAUACCUACAAUCUGCCAGCAGACAGCCCUGAGUUCCUCCAGGCUAAAUUUAAUGCCCAGACCAUGAGCGAGAGUCACUACAAGCACAAGUGGCUGGAAGAUAUUGCCAAGGGAUAUGACAUGAAGCCUGAUGCUAUUCCUAUACUACAUGCUAAGCAAGGCAGACAUAUUGCCAGUAAUGUCCAAUACAAGAAAGAUUAUGAGAAGGCAAAGGGCCACCAUGUUGGCUUCCGCAGCCUCCAGGAUGACCCCUUGCUGGUUCACUACAUGGAAGUGGCCAAAAUGCAGAGUGACAAGAACUACAAGAAGGAUUACCACAAGGUCAAGCUGAAGUAUCACUCCCCAGUGGACAUGAUGAGCCUGGCUCAUGCCAAGCAGGCGUCUGCGGUUCAGACUUACGCUGGGUACAGAAAGAUCCCUCACAACUACUUCCUUCUCCCUGACAACAUGCACCUGCAGCUGUGUCGCACCAUGAACACCCAAGCUAGCGAUUGUGACUAUAAGUCUGAAUGGAACUCCUGUAUUAGAGGAAUUGGGUGGGUCCCCAUCGGCUCUCUUGGAGUUGAGACGGCUAAACUUGGCGGUGAGAUUCAGAGUGACAAGAAGUACCGCACUCAUCCAUCCAACUUCAAGUUCAGCAAGCUGAUGGACUCUAUGGACCUGGCUCUGGCCACUGCCAACAACCAGAUCAUGAACAAGAAAGCAUACACCGCAGCUUGGGAGAAGGACAAACUGACUGUCCAUGUCAUGCCAGAUGCUCCUGAGAUUGUCCUGGCCAAGGCUAAUGCCAUCACCAUGAGCAAUAAACUUUACAAAGCCGGUGUUGUGGAGAUGGCCAAUAAGGGCUAUAACCUCAAAGCCGAUGCCAUCCCAAUUUUGGCUGCCAAGACUGGCACCACCAUUGCCAGUAAUUACAAGUACAAGCUGGCACAUGAGAAGGCAAAGGGCCACCAUGUUGGCUUCCGCAGCCUCCAGGACGACCCCUUGCUGGUUCACUACAUGGAAGUGGCCAAGAUGCAGAGUGACAAGAACUACAAGAAGGAUUACCACAAGGCCAAGCUGAAGUAUCACUCCCCAGUGGACAUGAUGAGCCUGGCUCAUGCCAAGCAAGCAUCUGCUGUUCAGACUUAUGCUGGGUACAGAAAGAUCCCUCACAACUACUUCCUUCUCCCUGACAACAUGCACCUGCAGCUGUGCCGCACCAUGAACACCCAAGCUAGUGAUUGUGACUAUAAGUCUGAAUGGAACUCCUGUAUUAGAGGAAUUGGGUGGGUCCCCAUCGGCUCUCUUGGAGUUGAGACGGCUAAACUUGGCGGUGAGAUUCAGAGCGACAAGAAGUACCGCACUCAUCCAUCCAACUUCAAGUUCAGCAAGCUGAUGGACUCUAUGGACCUGGCUCUGGCCACUGCCAACAACCAGAUCAUGAACAAGAAAGCAUACACUGCUGCUUGGGAGAAGGACAAACUGACUGUCCAUAUCAUGCCAGAUGCUCCUGAGAUUCUCCUGGCCAAGGCUAAUGCCAUCACCAUGAGCGAUAAACUUUACAAAUCCGGUGUUGUGGAGAUGGCCAAAAAGGGCCAUCACCUCAAAGCCGAUGCCAUCCCGAUUGUGGCUGCCAAGUCUGGCACCACUAUUGCCAGCAAUUACAAGUACAAGCUGGAUUACGAGAAGGCAAGGGGCCACCAUGUUGGCUUCCGCAGCCUCCAGGACGAUCCCUUGCUGGUUCACUACAUGGAAGUGGCCAAGAUGCAGAGUGACAAGAACUAUAAGAAGGAUUACCACAAGGCCAAGCUGAAGUAUCACUCCCCAGUGGACAUGAUGAGCCUGGCUCAUGCCAAGCAGGCGUCUGCUGUUCAGACUUACGCUGGGUAUAAGCAGAUCAUCUCCCACUACACUGUGCUGCCUGAUGCCAUGAACCUGGAACUGGCUCGUAACAUGCAGUUCAUUGCCAGUGAUAACCAGUACAAGAGUGAGUACCAAAAUUACGUCAGGGGAAUUGGAUGGGUUCCUAUUGGAUCUCUGGAAGUUGAGAAAGUGAAAUCAGCUGGACAGGCCUUCAGUGAGAAACUGUACCGCCAACACCCCAGCAACUUCAAGUUCACCAAAGACAUGCAUUCCAUGGACCUGGCAUUGGCCACUGCCAACAACCAGAUUAUGGACAAGAAAUCCUAUAACAAAGCAUGGGAGAGUGACAAGACCUCAAUCCACAUCAUGCCUGAUGCCAUGGAUAUUGUUCUUGCCAGAGCAAACAAGAAGAAUUACAGUGAGAAACUGUACAAGUUGGACAAUGAGCUGUCCAAGAAGAAGGGUCAUAAUGUUCGUGCAGAUGCCAUUCCAAUCCAGGCUGCAAAGACCUCUGUUACUAUUGCAAGUGAUUACAAGUAUAAGACAGGAUACCGUAAGCAAGUGGGCCACCACAUUGGUGCCCUCAGCAUCCAGGACGACCCUCUGCUCAUGCUGGCCCUGAACUCAGCCAAGAUUGCCAGUGACGCUUUGUACAAGAAGGACUUCAACAAGUCCAAGACCAAGUUCCAUCUGCCAGUGGACAUGAUGGCCUUUGAACUGGCCAAGAAGAACCAGAUUCAGGUCAACCAUGCCAACUACAUCACCCGCCUGCACAACUGGACCUGCCUGCCAGACUCCAAUGAUGUUGUCCAGGCCAGACUGGCAUAUGAUCUACAGAGUGAUGCUGUUUACAAGGCUGAUCAAAAGAUGAUGCAGGGCAUUGGAUGGGUGCCUAUUGGGUCACUGGAUGUUGAGAAAGUUAAGAAAGCUGGUGAGAUCCUGAGUGAGAACGUGUAUCGUCAGCACCCAAGUAACUACAAAUUCACCAGCACAACUGAAGACAUGCCGAUGGUGUUGGCUAAAGGCAAUGCUCAGAUUAUGAACAAGAAAACAUAUAUUGAUGCAUGGGAGAAAGAAAAGACAUCAAUCCACGUCAUGCCUGAUGCCAUGGAUAUUCUUCUGGCCAAAGCCAACAAGGUCAACUAUAGUGUGAAAGCCUACAAACAGGCAAAUGAAGAAGCAAAGAAGAAGGGCUACGAUCUGCGUAAUGAUGCCAUUUCCAUCAUCGCAGCCAAGGCUUCAAGGGACAUUGCCAGUGACUACAAGUAUAAGACAGGAUACCGUAAACAAGUUGGCCACCACAUUGGUGCCCUCAGCAUCCAGGACGACCCUCUGCUCAUGCUGGCCCUGAACUCAGCCAAGAUUGCCAGUGACGCUUUGUACAAGAAGGACUUCAACAAGUCCAAGACCAAGUUCCAUCUGCCAGUGGACAUGAUGGCCUUUGAACUGGCCAAGAAGAACCAGAUUCAGGUCAACCAUGCCAACUAUAUCACCCGCCUGCACAACUGGACCUGCCUGCCAGACUCCAAUGAUGUUGUCCAGGCCAGACUGGCAUAUGAUUUACAGAGUGAUGCUGUUUACAAGGCUGAUCAAAAGAUGAUGCAGGGCAUUGGAUGGGUGCCUAUUGGGUCACUGGAUGUUGAGAAAGUUAAGAAAGCUGGUGAGAUCCUGAGUGAGAAAGUGUAUCGUCACCAUCCAAGCAACUACAAAUUCACCAGCACAACUGAAGACAUGCCGAUGGUGUUGGCUAAAGCCAAUGCUCAGACUAUCAACAAGAAAGCAUAUAUUGAUGCAUGGGAGAAAGACAAGACAUCAAUCCACGUCAUGCCUGAUGCCAUGGAUAUUCUUCUGGCCAAAGCCAACAAAGUCAACUAUAGUGUGAAAGCCUACAAACAGGCAAAUGAAGAAGCAAAGAAGAAGGGCUACGAUCUGCGUAAUGAUGCCAUUUCCAUCAUCGCAGCCAAGGCUUCAAGGGACAUUGCCAGUGACUACAAGUAUAAGACAGGAUACCGUAAACAAGUUGGCCACCACAUUGGUGCCCUCAGCAUCCAGGACGACCCUCUGCUCAUGCUGGCUCUGAACUCAGCCAAGAUUGCCAGUGACGCUUUGUACAAGAAGGACUUCAACAAGUCCAAGACCAAGUUCCAUCUGCCAGUGGACAUGAUGGCCUUUGAACUGGCCAAGAAGAACCAGAUUCAGGUCAACCAUGCCAACUACAUCACCCGCCUGCACAACUGGACCUGCCUGCCAGACUCCAAUGAUGUUGUCCAGGCCAGACUGGCAUAUGAUCUACAGAGUGAUGCUGUUUACAAGGCUGAUCAAAAGAUGAUGCAGGGCAUUGGAUGGGUUCCUAUUGGGUCACUGGAUGUUGAGAAAGUUAAGAAAGCUGGUGAGAUCCUGAGUGAGAAAGUGUAUCGUCGCCAUCCAAGCAACUACAAAUUCACCAGCACAACUGAAGACAUGCCGAUGGUGUUGGCUAAAGCCAAUGCUCAGACUAUCAACAAGAAAUCAUACAUUGAAGCAUGGGAGAAUGAGAAGACCAAGAUCCACAUCAUGCCUGAUGCUAUGGAUGUUCUUCUGGCCAAAGCAAACAAGGUCAACUACAGCGUGAAAGCCUACAAACAGGCAAAUGAAGAAGCCAAGAAGAAGGGCUAUGAUCUGCGUAAUGAUGCCAUUUCCAUCAUCGCAGCCAAAGCUUCAAGGGACAUUGCAAGUGAUUUCAAAUACAAGACAGGAUACCGUAAACAAGUUGGACACCACAUUGGUGCCCGCAGCGUCCAGGACGACCCUCUGCUCAUGCUGGCUCUGAACUCAGCCAAGAUUGCCAGUGAUGCUCUGUACAAGAAGGACUUCAACAAGUCCAAGACCAAGUUCCAUCUGCCAGUGGAUAUGCUGACUCUUGAACUGGCCAAGAAAUGCCAAAUUCAAGUCAAUGAUUUCAACUACAGAACUCAUCUUCACAACUGGACCUGCCUGCCAGACUCCAAUGAUGUUGUCCAGGCCAGACAAGUGUAUGACCUACAGAGUGAUGCUGUGUACAAAGCUGACCUGAAGUGGCUCAAGGGCCUGGGCUGGGUCCCCAUUGGCUCGCUUGAGGUGGAGAAAGCCAAGAAGGCUGCAGAGAUCUUGAGUGAUACGAAGUACCGCCAGCACCCCAGCACAGUCCCCUUCAGCAGCCGCAUGGACGCCAUGAACAUUGCCCUGGCGCAAAAUAACGCUCUGACCAUGAACAAGCGUCUCUAUACUGAGGCAUGGGAGAGGGACAAGACCAAGCUACACAUCAAGCCUGAUACCCCUGAGAUCCUUCUCUCACAGCAGAAUUCCAUUAACAUAAGCAAUAAACUAUACAGGCAAGGUUAUGAGGCCACCAUUAAGAAGGGCUAUCACCUUCCUGUGGAUGCCAUUUCUGUCAAGUCCGCCAAGGCCUCCAGGGACAUCAGCAGUGAUUUCAAGUACAAAACAGGAUACCGUAAACAAGUUGGACACCACAUUGGUGCCCGCAGCGUCCAGGACGACCCUCUGCUCAUGCUGGCUCUGAACUCAGCCAAGAUUGCCAGUGAUGCUCUGUACAAGAAGGACUUCAACAAGUCUAAGACCAAGUUCCAUCUGCCAGUGGACAUGAUGGCCUUUGAACUGGCCAAGAAGAACCAGAUUCAGGUCAACCAUGCCAACUACAUCACUCGCCUGCACAACUGGACCUGUCUGCCAGACUCCAAUGAUGUCGUCCAGGCUAGGAAGGCCUAUGACCUGCAGAGUGAUGCUGUAUACAAGGCUGACUUGGAGUUCAUCGUAGGCACAGGAUGGGUCCCCAUUGGCUCACUGGAUGUAUUGAAGGCCAAGAAUGCUGCAAAGAUUCUCAGUGACCGUUUGUACAAGCAGAAACCAGACACACUAAAAUAUACCACUGAUAUGACCUCCAUGCCCAUGGUCUUGGCCAAAACAAAUGCUGAUAUCAUGAACAAGAAAGAUUAUGUGGCUGCUUGGGAGGCAGACAAGGUUAAAACUCACGUAACCCCUGACCUGCCUGAGCUGUUACUUUCUAAAGCUAAUGCUUACAACAUUAGCAAGAAACUCUACAGGGAAGGUGUUGAGGAGAUGUUCAGAAAGGGCUAUGACCUCAAGGCGGAUGCUAUCUCUGUUAUUGCUGCCAAGCACGGAAGAGAGAUCAUUAGUGAUUAUAAAUACAAGACAGGGUACCGCAAGCAAGUUGGACACCACAUUGGUGCCCGCAGCGUCGAGGACGACCCUCUGAUCAUGCUGGCUCUGAACUCAGGCAAGAUUGCCAGUGAUGCUCUGUACAAGAAGGACUUCAACAAGUCUAAGACCAAGUUCCAUCUGCCAGUGGACAUGCUGACUCUUGAACUGGCCAAGAAAUGCCAGGUUCAAGUCAAUGACUUCAACUACAGAACUCAUCUUCACAACUGGACCUGCCUGCCAGACUCCAAUGAUGUUGUACAGGCCAGAAAGGUCUACGAUCUCCAGAGUGAUGCUGUAUACAAGGCCGAUAUGGAAUGGAUCAAGGGAUCAGGUUGGGUGCCUAUUGGUUCGCUUGACGUGGAGAAAGCUAAGAAGGCAGCAGAGAUCCUGAGUGACAGGAAAUACCGUCAGCACCCCAGCAACUUUAAGUUCACUGCUACGACAUCCGACAUGCCAUUUGCCCUUGCUCAGGCCAAUGCCCAGAUCAUGGACAAGAAAGCAUAUGUUGCUGCUUGGGAGAACGAUAAGACCAACCUUCACAUCAUGCCCGACACUCCUGAAAUCCUCCUGGCCCAGCAGAACAAGCUCAACACCAGUCUGAAACAUUACCGUGAAGGCUAUGAGGACACGAUCAGUAAGGGCUACUUCCUUCCAAAGGAUGCAAUUUCUGUUUUGGCAGCCAAGGCCUCUCGAGAAAUUAUCAGCGAUUACAAGUACAAGGCUGGCUUCCGCAAGCAGUGUGGGCACCAUAUUGGAGCCCUCAGUGUACAGGAUGACCCACUGAUCAUGCUGGCUGCCCAUGUUGCAAAGAUCUCCAGCGAUAAUGUUUAUAAGAAGGACUUCAACAAGACCAAGACCAAAUUCCAUCUCCCAGUGGACAUGUUGACAAUUGAGCUGGCCAAGAAAUGCCAGAUUCAAGUGAAUGAUUUCAACUACAGAACCCACUUACACCAGUGGACCUGCCUGCCAGACUCUAAUGAUGUGGUUCAGGCCAGAAAGGUCUACGAUCUCCAGAGUGAUGCUGUGUACAAAUCUGACAUGGAGUGGCUGAGAGGAUGCGGCUGGUCGCCUCAGGACUGCGUGGAUGUUAUCAAAGUUAAGCAUGCUCAGAAUAUCCUCAACGACAAGCUCUACCGCCAGCACCCAAGCACUGUCAAAUUCACCAGCGUUGUUGAUCUGCCUGCUAUUGUCUUGUCCAAGCAAAAUGCCGACAACCUCAGUGAUAGAAAAUACAAGGAAGUCUGGGAAAAAGACAAGCUCUCCAUUCACCUGACACCUGACAUGCCUGCCAUGGAACUAUCCAAGGCUAAUAGUGUCAACAUCAGCAAUAAACUUUACACCAAGGCAUGGGAUGACCAGAAAGCUAAAGGCUACCACAUCAAGGAGGAUGCUAUCUCUGUGUUGAAGGCUAAAGCCUCCAGAGACAUCAUUAGUGACUUCAAAUACAAGACAGGAUACCGUAAACAAGUUGGACACCACAUUGGUGCCCGCAGCGUCCAGGACGACCCUCUGAUCAUGCUGGCUCUGAACUCAGCCAGGAUUGCCAGUGAUGCUCUGUACAAGAAGGACUUCAACAAGUCUAAGACCAAGUUCCAUCUGCCAGUGGACAUGCUGACUCUUGAACUGGCCAAGAAAUGCCAGGUUCAAGUCAAUGACUUCAACUACAGAACUCAUCUGCACCAGUGGACCUGCCUGCCAGACUCCAACGAUGUUGUCCAGGCCAGGAAGGCCUACGAUCUCCAGAGCGAUGCUGUCUACAAAUCUGAUUUGGAGUGGUUACGUGGAUGUGGAUGGGUGCCACAUGAGUGUGUGGAUGUUGUAAAGGUGAAACAUGCACAGAAGAUUCUGGCUGAUAGAGGCUACCGUGUCAAGCUUGAUGAGCAGAAAUUCACAGCUCCGAUUGACAGAGUGGACCUUGUCUGCGCCAAAAAUGCUGCUGAAGUCCUCAAUGAGGCCAAGUAUCGUGAGGCAUGGCAUCAGGAAAAGACCAAGUAUUCAUUGGUGGACACUCCAACCCUUGCGACAGCCAGAGAGGUGGCUAAGAAUGUUCACCCGAAACUGUACACAAAGGACUGGGAUAAGGUCAAAGCAACUGGUUACUUCAUGCCAGGAGAUGCUGUACCAAUCAAGCAGUGCAUCCAGACAACCAAAGUGCAGAGCGCUCACAAGUAUAAGGAAGGAUACCGUAAGCAGGUAGGACACCACAUUGGUGCGCUCAGCGUCCAGGACGACCCUCUGCUCAUGCUGGCUCUGAACUCAGCCAAGAUUGCCAGUGAUGCUCUGUACAAGAAAGACUUCAACAAGUCCAAGACCAAGUUCCAUCUGCCAGUGGACAUGCUGCAGUUCGAACUGGCCAAGAAAUGCCAGAUUCAAGUCAAUGAUGACAACUACAGAACGCGCCUGCACCAGUGGACUUGUCUGCCUGACCAGAACGAUGUCAUCCAGGCCCGCAAAGUCUACGACCUUCAGAGUGAUGUUGUGUAUAAAGCUGAUCUGGAAUGGAUUCGCGGGUGUGGCUGGGUGGCAGCUGACUCUGUUGAUCACGUCAAGGUCAAAAAGGCCCAGGAAAUUCUCAAUGAUAGGCUUUACAAGAGGAAUGCCAAAGAAUGCUUUGGAAAAUUCACUCCGAUUGUCGACCUCCCCGGAAUUGUCCUGGCUAAGAUAAAUGCUGCCAAUCUCAGUGAUCUCAAGUACAAAGAGACCUUUAAUGCAGAAAAGGGCCACUACAUUGGCUCAGAAGACACUCCCCAGCUGGCCCAUAGCAGGGAGGUGGCCAAGAACAUCAGUGAGAAAUAUUACAAACAACACUGGGACGAUUCCAAAGCUACGGGCUACCAGCUGAACCAUGAAUACAUCCCUCUGGUCAGCGGCAAGAAGGGCAGAGAGAUCGCUAGCGAUGUCAAGUACAAGACUAACUUUGAGAAGGGCAAGGGUCACUACAUGGCCGGAACCCUGGUGGACUUCCCUGAGGUUAUGCGCUGUGGAGAACAAGAGAAGAACAAGGGAGUGAGGCUCUACCACAAAGACUACCAUCAAAGCAAGCUCAAGACCCACCUCCCACCAGACGUCAUUGCCAACCAGGUGGCUAAGAGGUGCCAGGACAUGCUGAGUGACGUUAUUUACCGCACCUACCUGCACCAGUGGACGUGCCAUCCUGAUCAGGAGGAUGCCAUCCGUGCCCGCAAGACCAAUGAGAUUCUCAGUGAUGUAUUCUACAAGGAGGACCUGAACUGGAUGAAGGGUAUUGGCUGCUACGUCUGGGACACACCUGAGAUUGUUCGUGCCAAGAAAGCAUACGAGCUGCAGAGUGAUCUAAAAUACAAAGAGGAGGGUAAGAAGGAAUUCAACAACUACUCCAUCGUGACAGACACCCCAGUCUAUGUGACCGCUAUCCUGGGUCACACCUGGGCCAGCGAGCUGAACUACAGGGAGGCUUACCAUAAGGAGAAGCACAUGUAUACCACUGUUCUUGAUACCUACGACUAUGCCAGAUGCCACAACUUCAAGCACUUCUUCAGCAACAAAGUUUACACAUCUGCUUGGGACAAAAUCAAGGCCAAGAGUUACCACAUCCCACAUGACUCACACGCUCUGCAACACGCAAAGCAGCAGAAGAUCAUUCUCAGCAAUGUGAAGUACAAGGAGGAUUACGAGAAAUUCAAAUCCCUCUACAGUCUGCCCAAGUCCCUGGAGGAUGAUCCUGCCACUGCUCGCUGUGUCAAAGCUGGAAAGCUCAACAUUGAUCGUCUGUACAGGGAGAACUAUGAGAAGACCAAGGCCAAGAACCACAUCCCUCCGGACAUGCUGGAGAUCCUGUCCGCCCGCAACACUCAGUCUACCGUUAGUGGGAUCAACUAUCGCAAGUAUCUGCACCAGUGGAUCUGCCUGCCCGACAUGCAGGUGUAUGUCCAGGCGCGCAAAGUCAACGAGCAGCUCAGUGACAUCUUCUACAAGGAUGAUCUUAACUGGCUGAAGGGUAUGGGUUGCUAUGCCUGGGACACACCAGAGAUCCUCCGUGUCAAGCAUGCUGGUGACCUGCAGAGUGAGAAAAAGUACAGAGCCAAGGGUGUUGAGAGCUUCAAGGACUACACAGUUGUGACGGACACACCAGUUUACGAGACUUCCAAGCAGAACGCCCAAAACCUGAGCGAUCUGCACUACCGCUAUGAUUACAACACCAAUGUCAAGGGCACCAACACAGCCCCUGCUGUCACCAUCGACACAGAGAGGGUGCGCCUGGCCAACCACAUCCAGAGUGAGAACCUUUACAAGGAGGCCAACAAGAGCUUCAUGCCAACCGGAUACAGCCUGCCACAUGACACCCCUCUUAUCAAACAGGCUAAGAACAACAGCAUUGUCACCAGCAACGUGAAGUACAAGGAAGCCUACGAGAUGAUGAAGGCCAAGUCCUACACCCUUCAUCCAGAGGGUGUCAACUUCGUCAAUGCCAGGAAGGCCAACCAGAUCAUCAACGAGCGUCUGUAUCGUCAGCUGUAUGAGAAGCAGAAGGACAAGAUCCACACAACCUACGACACCCCUGAUAUCAAACAAGUCAAGAUGAACCAGGAGAAUCUCAGUGACUUGUGCUACAAAGAGAAGUACUACAACACCAGAGGCCAGCUGAUCUCCAUGCCCAUUACACCCGAGCUGAUGCACUGCAGCCACGUCAAUGAGAUCACCAGUGAUCUCCGAUACAAAGAGGAUCUGCAGUGGCUGAGAGGCCUUGGCUGCUUCUUGUAUGACACCCCUGAAAUGGUCCACGUCCGCAACAUCACUAAGUUCAGGGUCAACUAUCCAGUGGAAGCAAAGAAGAACCAUGCCAACUUCUCUGUCGUCCUGGACACACCAGAGUACAAGCGUGUGACUGAGCUCAAGACCCACAUGAGCAAUCUGAUCUACAAAGCACAGAGCAAAGAAGAAAUGGCUAAGGUCACCAGCACGCUGGACUCUGUGGAUAUCAAGAGAGUCAAAUGGGCACAGCAGCUUAUGAAUAAGUACCAGUACACAGAUCUGGCUGCUAAGGAGAGAGCCCACUUCACCCCAGAGGUUGAAACUCCCGGCAUGGGCCAUGCUAGGUCAAUGAAGGUGGUCUUCAGUGAUAACAAAUACAAAGAACAGUAUGAGAAGAUGAAGCACAGAUACACCGCCAUCGCUGAUACACCCAUCCUCAUCCGUGCCAAGAAGUCCUACCUCCAGUCCAGCGAUCUGCGCUACAAAGAGACCUUCGAGCUCUCCAAGGGACAUUACCGCACAGUGAAGGACGCGCUGGACAUCAUCUACCAUCGCAAGGUCACGGACGACAUCAGCGAGGUCAAAUACAGAGAGAAGUACAUCAACUCCCUGGGUACGUGGAAGUCCAUCCCUGACCGCCCUGAGUUCUUCUUCAGCAGGAUCGUCAGCGACAACGUCAGCAAUGUCAAGUACAAGGAGGACCUGGAUUGGCUGAGGGGUAUUGGCUGCUUUGUGUGGGACACACCUGAUUUGGUGAUGGCUGACAGGAACAGGGCUCUGUACAGUGAGAGGCUGUACAAAGCCUCCUAUGAGAAGAACAGAGGCAACUUCAGGUAUACCUGCGACACUCCGUUCUUCCAGGCUACCAAGAACGCCUCCAUCCUCAUCAAUGAUAAAAAGUAUAAAGCCCAAGCGAAGGAUCUGCUAAGGGGUGGCUGCACUGAGCUGCUCCGCCCAGACAUCCUCACAGCCAUUUAUCAGACCAGUAUGGGCAGUAAGUGGAAGUACAGGGAGCAGUAUGAGCGUGCCAAGGACAAGUUCACCUCCAUCUUGGAGACCCCUGAGUACGAGGCCCACAAACGCAGCAAGAAGAUCAGCGAUAUUAUCUACAAGAUGGAGUACAACAAGAACAAGGCUAAGGGAUACACCCUGCCAUACGACACUCCUUAUCAGCAGCACAUGAAGAAGGUCAAGGAGAUCACCAGCAAUCUCAAAUACAAGGAGGUGUAUGAGAGGAGCAAGGCCCAGAUCAACAUGGACCCCGAGGCUCACGAGAUCCGUGCUGCCAAAGAGGCUUACAGGAACAUCAGCAACCUCGACUACAAGAAGAAGUAUGAAGCAACCAAAAACAAGUGGAUCUGGACGGCAGACAGGCCUGACUUUGUUAACGCUGCAAAGAACAGCCUCCAGCAGAGUGAUGUUGAGUACAAGUAUGACAAGGAGAUGCUGAAGGGCUGUGUAAUACCUGUGGUUGAUGACAAGCUCACCGUGCUGGCUAUGAAGAACGCUGAGAUGGCCAGUGAUGUGAAAUAUAAGGAGAAAUAUGAGAAGGAAAAGGGCCACUACGUGCCUGUCCUGGACACUCCUCAAAUCCUCCAUGCCAAGUCAGUGCGCACCCUGGUGUCCGAGAGCAAAUACAAGGAGGCCAGCAAGAAGGACAUGCAGUCCGGCUCAUUCACAACACUGCCCCAGACCCGUGACACUGCCCACAGCAAGCAGGUCAACAAGCUCGUCAGCGGGAAAUUGUACAAAGCGGAGUUUGAGAAGGAGAAGGGCAAGUCCAAGUACAACAAGAUGAUAGUUCCACCUGACGUUCAGCAUGCCAUGGAUGUGGCCAAGAGUCAGAGCAGCUUUGCCUACAAGAAGGAUGCCAAGGCCAGUCUGCACUACACUUCUGUAGCUGACCGCCCUGACAUCAAGAAGGCCACUCAGGCUGCCAAACUUAUCAGUGAGGUUGGCUACCGUGAGAAGGCCCGCCAGGAGGCCAGCCGUGGAGGCUCUCUGGCCAACCGCCCAGACAUCACUCUGGCCACUGAGGUGUCCAAGCUGACCAGCCAGGUGGAGGCCAAGCCCUCCCUCCAUGGAGCAGCUUCGUAUGACACCCUGCAGAUGCGCCACAUUAAGAAAAUGAGUGCCCUGACUAGUAAUGUGAAGUACAAGGAGAAGUUUGACAAAGAAAUGAAAGGAAAGAGGCCAAAGUAUGACCUGAAGGAGAGUAAGAUUUACAAGACUUUGAAGGAUGCCAAUACACUGGCUAGUGAGGUGAAAUACAAAGGUGACCUGAAGAAGCUCCACAAGCCUGUGACAGACAUGGCCGAGUCUCUGUCCAUGCAGCACAACCUGAGCACCAGCAAGCUGUCCAGCGAUUACCGGUACAAGAAGAAAUUUGAGGAGAGUAAGGGUCACUACCAUAUGAUCCCUGACACACCAGAGCAGCUCCAUCACAAGGAGGCCUCUGAACUUCAGAGCAACGUGAAGUACAAGGAGAAGUACGAGAAGGAGAAGGGCAAGGCCAUGAUGGACUUUGAGACACCCACAUACGUGACUGCUAAGGAGGCUCAGCACAUGCAGAGCCAGAAAGACUAUAAGAAGGACUUUGAGGAGUACAUGAGGGGCAAGAACCUCUCUGGCUUGGAGGUCACCCCUGCCAUGAUACAUGUCAGACACGCCACCAAAAUAGCCAGUGAGAAAGAGUACAGGAAGGAUCUAGAGGAGGGGGUGAAGGGUAAAGGGCUAACUGUACUGGAGGAAACUCCGGAGCUUUUGAGAGCAAGGAAUGCCACUCAGAUCCUGAGUGAGAGAGAGUACAAGAAGGCACUGGAGCAGGAGAUCAAGGGCAAGGGAAUGUUGGCUUUGGCUACAGACACCCCAGACUUCAUGAGGGCCAGGAACGCCACUGACAUCCUCAGUCAGACCAAGUACAAGCAGACUGCUGAGAUGGACAGGGCCAGCUACACCACUGUCAUCGACACUCCGGACAUCAUCCACGCCCAGCAGAUGAGGAACAUCGUCAGCCAGAAAAAGUACAAGGAGGAGGCUGAGAAGACCAUGUCUCACUACGUGCCAGUCCUGGACACCCCCGAGAUGCAGAGAGUCCGUGAGAACCAGAAGAACUUCAGCACUCUUCAGUACCAGACAGACCUUAAAAACAUAAAGGGCAAAGUGUCUGCUGUAAAGGACACCCCUGAAAUGCUUCGUGUUAAAGAGAAUACAAAGAAUUUCAGCUCGAUUCAGUACAAAGAGGACUUGGGAGGAGGAACAGCCAUACCCAAGACCCCAGAGAUGGAGAGGGUUAAACUCACCCAGCAGCACAUUAGCACGAUAAAGUACAAGGACGCUCUGGGUCAAGGCACAGCCAUACCAGAUCUCCCUGAGGUGAAGCGGGUCCAACAAACCCAGAAGAAUAUCAGUUCGCUUCAGUACAAAGGGGAACUGGGACAAGGCACUGCUGUGUCAGACACUCCAGAGAUUGACAGAGUUAAACGCAAUCAACGCAACAUUAGCACGAUAAAGUACAGGGACUCUCUUGGUCAAGGCACAGCCAUACCGGACCUGCCUGAGGUGAAGCGGGUCCGACAAACCCAGAGGAACAUCAGCUCGGUGUUGUAUAAGGACAGUUCAGCCAAGGGAACUCCCGUGGUGUUUACUCCAGAGAUGGAGCGAGUCAAAAGGAACCAAGAACACAUUAGCUCGGUGCUGUACUCUGACAGUUUCCGCAAGCAGGUGCAGGGCAAGGCCGCCUUCGUUCUGGAUACACCUGAGAUGAGGCGCGUCAGAGAGACCCAGCGCAUCAUCUCUGGAGUGAGAUAUCACCAGGACUUUGAGAAGAGCAAGGGAAGCUUCACCCCGACCAUCAGCGACCCUGUGACCGAGCGCGUGAAGAAGAACACCCAGGAGUUCAGCGACAUCUCCUACCGCGGCAUCCAGAGACGCGUGGUGGAGAUGGAGAGGCGACGGGCCAUCGAGCACGAUCAGGAGACCAUCACCGAUCUGCGUGUGUGGCGCACCAACCCCGGCUCCGUGUUUGACUACGACCCCGCUGAGGACAACAUCCAGUCCAGGAGUCUGCACAUGAUGUCUGUGCAAGCACAGCGUCGCAGUAAGGAGCACUCCCGCUCCACCAGCGCCAUGAGCGGUCUGGCUGAUGAGAAGUCCGAGAUGUCCCAGGACGUUGACCACCACAUGUCCCUCUACAGCAACGGCUUCGGGGCCCCGUCUCUGGGCUACCAGCAUGCUAAGACUGUGGAGCUGCAGCAGAGGUCAUCAUCAGUGGCCACCCAGCAGACCACCGUCUCCUCCGUCCCCUCACACCCCUCUACCACUGGAAAAACUGUCCGUGCCAUGUAUGACUACGGUGCAGCCGACAGUGAUGAGGUUUCCUUUAAGGAUGGUGAUGUCAUCGUUAACGUGCAGUCCAUCGACGAGGGAUGGAUGUACGGCACCGUGCAGCGUACCGGCAAGACCGGUAUGCUGCCUGCCAACUACGUUGAGGCGAUUUAAAGACAAAGCCCGCCCAUCAUCCGUCAGGAGUGGGCGAGACACAUCCACAGGGCAAGCUGAUUGGCCCUCGUCCUGCGGCCGGAUCUUUGGCUCAGUGCAAUAUCUAGUUUCAGAUUCUUGUAGCUGUUAUUGUAUUUAAAUAGUGCAUAGUGGUUCUGUCACCCCUCAUAUAGGCUAGCUGUUGCCCCGUUCCCUGUGGAUGUGACAUAAGCACCUGACAGACGUGAGAUACAUAUAAAUAUUUCUGAAUAUACAUACCAAACCUAUUAUGAAUGCUAGACUCUAUUAUAUAGACUGUUGAAGUUGUUCUAAGACCUGUCUUGGAAGAUCAGUAUCACAAAGUUGUCAGCCCAUUAUGUUGUAAAUUGCAAAAAACAAACACCCUAUGUAAUAUUUAUGUGAAACAUAUUUAUAGAGAAAAUUUCAUAAAAAAGAUGGGCUCAUGCAGUUCAAUCUAUGUAAUGCAAAUGUUAAAGUUGUGGAGAGAAAAGGUUGUCACUGACGACAACAGCACUGAAAUUAUAUUAAAAAAAAAAAAAAAAAAACGAAACCUGAAGGAGGUACCUAUAAUCUGCCUCCUCCAUGAUCAAACCAGUCUUGAAGAGUUUUAUGAGACAAGCCGCGAUCUUCCCUCCUUUACUGAAGACUGGUCACUAGUAGAAUGUGUGUUUUGUUUCUUCCGAUUAGCUAGGUCUGGGGGAAGGGGAAGUCCUACACCUUUAAUCAGUAGCUAAUAAAGCACAUCAAGCUCCUGCAAUCGUC